AUGUCGGAACAAAAGGAUUUCAAGCCUGUGUCGGUAAAAAAGCCCAUUCCCAACACGUAUGACUUGGGAAACCUUGCAACGUUCGAUCCAAACCCCUUGGACAACACCCUUUUGAACGAUCCAGAGAAGAAAGAGGAACAUUUGGCUGCUGUCACGAGAGAUAACUUGCAGCUCUUGAUCAAUCAAGUAUUGUCAUUACCAAUCAAGACUACCACUGAAUCACAAGGCACGUCAUCCGGCCAGGACGCCACCAUGACUCUCAUACAAUUGCCAGAGCCCACGACACCUUUGCCUCGAGAGAAGGCUAUCCCCAAGCCCAAACCUCCUACCAAGUGGGAACAGUUUGCUGCUAAGAAGGGCAUUAAAGCUAAGGCGAAAGAAGGCAAGAUGGUGUAUGAUGAAGCUAGUGGCGAGUGGGUGCCCAAGUGGGGUUACAAGGGCAAGAACAAGGCAUUGGAUGACCAGUGGUUGGUUGAGAUUGACGAAAAGAAUAAGGGCACUUCAGAUGAGUUGAUCGACCCAAGAACAUUGAAGCGUGCGGAGAGAAAGAAGUUGGUGAAGAAGAACGAGUUGCAGCACAAGCGUAACUUGAAGAGGUCUCAAGUUUAA